AAUGUCUGAAAAUGAUGUUAUAUUAGUAACAUCAUCCUAUGAUCAUACAUUUAUAUUUUGGGAUGCUACAACAGGACAAUAAAAAGAGGAUAUAAAUUAUGGGGAAAAAGUGAUUGUGAACAGAAUUGACAUAUCUUAAGACAAGAAACAUUUGGCUGCAGGUGGCAAUUUUUUUGCUUGUUAUUAUGAUGUGAUCUCUUAAAAGAAAGUGCCUGUUUAUGUUUAUGAUGGAUAUAAGAAUAAUAUAACAGGAAUAGGAUUUUUAAAGGAUAGCAAUUUCUUUUAUACUUGUUCUGAAGAUGGAUUUAUUAGAAUCCAUGACCUUAGAUCAAAUAGUAUAUAAGUAUAAUAAUUAUUUAGAUCUAUCAAGAGAAUACUAGGAAAAAGAGCCAUUAAAUACAAUAUGUUUGCAUCCAAAUGAGACAGAAUUGAUUGUUGGAGAUUAAAUGGGAAAUGUGAAAAUAUAUGAUUUCUAAUAAAAUAAGGUGAGAUUAAAAUUAUCACCUUGUCCUGAAGUUGGUAUUAGAUCUAUAUCGAUUGCCUAUAAUGCUAGUCAGAUUGUUGCUGCUGAUUCAUAAGGACAAUGUCAUACAUAUAUGAUGAAUAACAUGGAUCUUACAGAAUAGAGUUUAUUAUAUAAAUUUGAAGCACAUCAAGAUUACAUACUUAAAGCUUCAAUAUCUGCAGAUUUAAGGUAUUUAGCUACAUGUAGUGCUGAUAAAACAGUUAAAUUAUGGACUUUGAAUGAGAAAAAUUUAGGUAAUGACAAGUAUCCAAAAUGGGAAUUGUUUUCAACACUAUAUGGUAAUUAAUAUUAAAAGAUUAUUUUAUAGGUCAUGGUAAAUGGGUAUGGGAUUGUGCAUUUUCUUGUGAUUCAGAAUAUAUCAUUACAGCUUCAUCAGACUUAACUACAAAAAUAUGGCAAACUGAUAGUGCUGCUGUGCUAAGAACUUUAAAGGGACAUAAAUAGGCUGUUACUAGUUUGUCAAUUAAUGAUAUUGCAAUUGACUGA